GAGGAAAAAUAAAAAUUUUAAAGAUCUCUUAAAGCUUCAUGGAAAGGCUGUGAAUAAUGUUCAGAAUCGGAAAAGUUCAUUUGAAAUGGACGACAACCUGAAGGGAAGCCAGUCAGUAGUGCAUAACCUAAAUUUCAGAAAGAAGCCAAGCAAAUUAAGAAAGUUUGGCCAUAAUGAGAGAUAUAACUGGAAACUCAACUUAGAAUCCAGGCUUGCCAAGUCACAUGGCAGGAUCAAGACUAAUGAGAGGUUGUAUAAGUCUGUAGAGAAGAUCUCAAAAGAUCGGGAAACAAGCCUUACAUCCCUCUCAGAGUGACUAAAUGAUCUCAGUGAAUCUUUUGAUAAGAGGAAAAAUUACCAUUUGAGCACUUUGAAGUUUGCAAAAGGAACUUUGAGGUUGAAAGAUCAUGGCAGUUCAAUUUAAAGAGCAUUGAAACUUUUG